GAGAGAAAAGAGAGGUUUUGGGUUCUGAUCGGUGGUCUUGGUGGCGAGGAUCGGAGAUAGCCCACCACCAAGAAUCAUCUGACAUGGCUUCCAGAGUUGUUCCUGUUCCAAACCAACCAAGAGGAGGAAAGCAGAAGAAUGCCCCAGAAAAGGCUAGAAACCGGCAAGCUCUCAGAGAAAUCGGAAAUCUUAUGAAUGAUACUAUUCCAGCAGGGGAAGGGACAUUCAAUCCACAGAUUUCUCGCCCCCUUACAAGGAGCUUUUGUGCACAAUUACCGGAAAAUGGGAGAGCACAGAAACCCAUUGCAGAAGUUGUUUCUGUUCAUGGAUUUGCCCCUGGAAAAGCUCGAAAGAAGCCGAAACCUCAGACUGUGGUGACCAUUAGCCCAGAUGAAAAUGAUAAGAGUAAACCUUCAACACAAGGGUCCUUAACUAAGAAGGCUGCAUGUCGACUCACUGAUAGGCCGAGGGUUCCAAUAAUAAACAUUGAUGCAGACGAUGUUGAUAAUGAACUUGCUGCUGUUGAAUAUGUUGAUGACAUCUAUCAGUUCUACAAGAUGACAGAAGAUGAGAAUCGAACGAUACAUUAUAUGGAUUUGCAGACCGAUAUUAAUUCCAAGAUGAGAGCAAUCCUAAUAGAUUGGCUGGUAGAAGUUCAUAGAAAGCUUGAACUUAUGCCUGAAACGCUUUAUCUUACCAUAAACAUUAUUGAUCGAUACCUGUCGACAAAAAUUGUAUCUAGGAGCGAGCUUCAGUUAGUUGGCAUCACUUCAAUGCUGAUUGCUUGCAAAUAUGAAGAAAUUUGGGCACCAGAGGUGAAUGACUUUGUGUGCAUAUCAGAUAAUGCCUAUGCCAGGGAACAGAUACUCCAAAUGGAGAAAUCAAUCUUGACAAAGUUGGAAUGGUACUUAACAGUUCCUACACCAUAUGUCUUCCUAGUUCGGUACAUCAAAGCUUCUGUUGCACCGGAUCAAGAGAUGGAAGAGAUGGUGUUUUUCCUAACUGAACUGGGUCUGAUGAACUAUUCUACAAUAUUGUACUCCCCAUCGAUGCUUGCUGCUUCAGCAGUAUAUGCGGCUCGUUGCACCCUCCGCAGGAUCCCUCUCUGGAGUGCAACUCUAAAGCACUACACGGGCUACACUCAAGACCAACUAAUGGACUGUGCGAAGCUCCUGGUUAGCUUUCACUUGGGAGCUGCAGAGAACAAGCUCAAAGCAGUCUAUCAGAAAUUUUCAGAACUUGAAAGGGGUGCCGUUGCCCAUGUCUCUCCUGCCAAAAAUCUUUCAGCUGGCGCCUAGGCGUCUGCAAGAUGUAUUUUUUUCCUCUAUCUUGGUAGUGUUGUACAUUUUUUUCACUCUUGAAAAAUGAUGAUGUUCGGAUGUAUUUGGCAGUUAGUUAAAAGGAACCAACCCAUCAGCGUAAGUUGUU